AUGGCGAAGGCUGCAGUGCUGUUGGAUAGCGGUGUUGUUUGUCCAUUGAUGUUAACGCUGUUUGUCGUCAUUCAAGAUGAAGACAGAAAGACGAGAUAUUGCGAAAUGAUCUUCCUUCAAGUGGCUGGUCUGUAUCUGUUCACACUACUUGUCACGAUACCCGGAUGUACCUCAACAAGAAUGCAUUUCCUCGGUCACGUGAUCAAGGACAUGGAAGAUGAAUAUCGAAGAUCAUGUAUCACUGAAGAUCACCAACCACUGCUGGACCUCUGCAGAUCACCAGAAGGUAACACUCUCGGGCUAGCCACUCGCAUACAACGAGUGCCUCAGUAUUCUGUCUGCACUCUCAAGAAACGUGUUGAUAGAUGUGCCUGGUGCUUAAAUGGGACAUGGAAUCUUGCAUCAUGUGAAAAGGGCAGAAGAAGGACGAAAAGAUCGUUUUGGUUCCUGGAUGAUUCCAUCAGCGAUUGUUCCUUGUUUUGUCAGAGGCGACAACCAGGGUUUCUGGGGUUUAUCUCUCCGACAUUUUCAAGCUGCACAUCGCCAAAGACGCCAUUGUAUGUGAAAGGACGGACAACCACUCGCGUCACGUGGACAGUACCUGUAGCACAUGAUGGUCAAGGAAAGAGUGUCAGCGUGGUGGCUGUGGCUGGUAACGGUAGACCAGGCGAUUCCUUUAAUAUGGGAGUGACGACAUUUGUAUACAAGGCAACAGAUGAUAACGGCUUGUCGAGUUUCUGUCAUGUCACGUUCGAGGUUAAAGUUCACACAUGCUCUGUGCCAGUGGUCACACAUGCUAGCCGUGGCUGUGACAGAAACAGCUUCAUCAUUGGAACAACGUGUCAGUUUACUUGCAUCAGUGGAUACACAAUUAAUGGAGCAAGUCAGCUCACGUGUGAAGAAGGAGGUGCAUGGAGCCAUCAGGAACCAACAUGCACACCAACGACCUGUCCCAGCCUUGACACCUCCUUCUCCUGCACCGACGGCUUCAACUACGGCAGCAUCUGUUCCGUGAGAUGCAACCUGACAGCUGGACUUUCCAUGACCACUCCGAGAGCAACAUUCUGUCUUCCAAACGGGAGUUGGGAUUUACCAAUACCUGACUGCAAUGACACAACCCCUCCGACAUUUAGCAAUUGUCCUGUGGAAAACAGCCUUAGGUACGCUGGCACCCCCGUUGCUAUGACGACAGUAAUCUGGAAUGAUAUUUUGGCAACGGACAACACAGGAAAUGUUUCAGUCACACAAACAGCGGGACCCGUCUCUGGGUCAGCUUUUCCCGUGGGAAAGACGGUGGUCAGACACAAGGCAGUUGACAGUUCCGGAAACCAGGCAGAAUGUGUGUUCAACGUCCUUGUCAACCAUCCGAUCUGUUCCCCACCGCCAUACAGCGACCCCAGGCUGCGAUAUGACUGCACCAAGCAAUAUGACCUUGACUCACAAUGUAACGUCAGCUGUUCUGGCGGCUAUGUCCUUGACGGAUCAAACUCCAUAAAGUGUCAGACAAAUGCUGCCUUACUACCAACUAUGUCCUGGGUAUUGUUGACCGGGUCCUCGCCGUCCUGCCAGGAGCCGAAAUGUCCACCUCUGAGGCAGCCUGCCAAUGGUAAUUUAUCCUGUGAUCGACAUCAAACUGGUGGAGAUAUGUGUACAAUGACAUGCGGGGCCGAGUGGGACAGACCGCGCAAUGCUCAGUUCGAUCUCUUUGUUUGUCCUCCAUCAACUGGUGUCUGGACGCCGAGCACUGUCGUUCCAGACUGCACAGUCAAGAGAACUCCAGAUGAGAUGCGUCUUGAAGCCAGUAUGCGACUUUACACGAGCAGCUGCGAAACCGCAUCUGGCAAACAACAACUUGAGGAUGUAUUCCUACCACUAAUCAACAGUACUACAUUUUUCUCAAAUACUGAUUGUGCCACAACUAGCUCCUGUUCUCUGCAAGAUGUAACGGUGGCCUGUGUGACCGUCAACAGGAGAAAGAGGAGUCUAACUAAUCAAGAGCUUCUUGCUCCACUUAACCGGUACAGGCGGUCGGAGACGGCUUUGGAGGUGACAUGGUACUUCGGCAUCGACUACGUCUGUAACAACAUGACGACAGACGCCUGCGUCACGUACCACAGGGAUGUCCUGAAACAGCUACUGGACAAGGUCCAGGCGAUGCUGAACAAUGGUCAAUUCAACACGACCGUCGCCGGUGGUCACGUCCACAAUGACUCCCUCAGUUCCAUGAACGCGGAUUUCAAAUGUGAGGAAGGAAUGCUACCAGUUUUUGAAACUGGUUCCUGUGCCGUGUGUCCAAAGGGUACGAUGUAUAACAGAGCAACAUCCUCAUGUGACCUUUGCCCUAAAGGCAGUUACCAAAACGAAGACCACAGCUUCAGCUGUAAGAUUUGCCCUAGCGGAACUACUUCUCUUGACGAAGGUUCGACGUCGCGUGCGGAUUGUAAAGUCCAAUGUCCUGCUGGACUGACAUCCCCUAACGGCAUCGAGCCCUGUGUUGUUUGUCCUCUUGGAGAGUAUCAACAGUUGGCAAGUGCCAGAGAAUGUCUUCCUUGUCCAAGAGGUACCAUCAGCCCUACAGGAAGCACAUCACCCGAAGCCUGCAAAUCGUUCGAGUUCUCCGUCAAUGGUGAUGUUAAAAUGACAAGUAUUGCACCUACGACAUCGGAAAUUGUCGACUUCACUUUAUCAGUGUGGUACAAAGCCACCCAACUCACAAACGGAACAAUUAUAUCGGCUGGUGACAUUUCUAUCGAACUUCGUCCCGCACAGCAGCUGGCGGUCUCUGUAUUUCGGGCCGACAUGAUCACCGCAGCGACAGAUCACAACAGAUGGACUCGGUUUGACGUGACGUACAACACCUUCGCUCUGACACUGUACAAAGAUGGCAAGAGAGUGUCCUCUUCACCAGCAUAUAUAACAGCAUCAUCCUCGACGCUGUCUGUCAGUGUUGGCAGUGGUGAUGCCAUAACUGUAAGAAGUGUUUCUCUGUAUAACACCAGCAAGACGUCCUCAGAGAUCCUCCAAUUGGCGUCCACCUGCGGCACAAUGGUGGGUGACGACAGCGUCCUUUCCCUGGAUCAUAUGCGUACAGAAGGUUCUGGAACAAUCACUAUGAUGGCAUCAAGCUCCUGCAAUGCUGUGGAUGAGUGCCUGGCGUCCCCGUGUAAUGGGCAUCCAUGUGUGGACACCCCCACGUCCUAUGAGUGUCGGUGCAAGAGCGGCUACACUGGACGUAACUGCUCCUCGCCGCCACUGAAAGACCUCUGCGCACACCAUCAGUGCCAGAACAUGGCGGUGUGCAAAUCUGGUGGUUCCAACUACACAUGUGAAUGCACGGAAGGUUUCCACGGACUUCUAUGCCAACAACGAACCGUUAAUGGUGGUUGGUCAGCGUGGAGGGAUUGGUCAGCAUGUUCCGUGGCAUGUGGGGAAGGUCGGAGGACAAGGUCAAGGUCAUGUGACAGUCCACCUCCGGGCACUGAAGGGAAGGAUUGUCCUGGACCAGCCACAGAGACACUCACCUGCAACACGCUGGACUGUCCAGUCUGUAGUUCGUCACAGCUACAGUUGGGAUAUGGCCAUAUCGGCAGUGGUCCAGAGUGUAACAGUACUGGUGGUGCCAUCGACUGUAGGCCUGUCUGCCGGGAAGGAUUCUUUACUUCAAGGCAUCAGAUUACAGUGUACACUUGUAGGGGAGGAUAUUGGACUCCAUCUACCAAACUGCCGUCUUGCAUCAGAGUUGUCUCCCCUACAUCAAUGUCAUUGAUGGCGGAAGUUAAUUACCCUGGCAGAACAUGCCUCACACAGUCACAGUCAAACGACCUUAAGACGUCCUUGACCCAGAACCUCGAGAGAAUUACGUGUGGACGCAAAUCAGCCUGUUCGAUCAGAGUUACCGUUCCUGCAUGUGGCCCCGAGAGCUUUACAACGACUUACUCCCACUUCACCGUCAACCUCGCAAACGCCGACCUUGACCUAGGAUCCUAUGUUCACAAUAAAACGCUCUCUCCGGGUCUUGUAGCUGUUGUUGAUGCUGUGGAGACACUAGAACAAACAGCACGUCAGUUACAGAAUACAACUACAACUGUCUGGACCGUGACGUCAAAUGGCGCGACGUACACGCCGUUAUAUCCCAUCAACGUCACAGCUGAUGUCAUCUGCCCUACAGGGACUUUUCUUGAAGAUGGGUUGUGUGGUGAAUGUCCGACUGGUACAUCCUAUAGUGGUGCUCGACACACAUGUGUUCCCUGUGUCAGAGGAACAUAUCAGGGGGGCUCCCGGAUUCUCAUUCUGCAGAGCGUGUCCCCAAGGAACGACAACACGAUACGGUAGUUCCACAUCCAUCGAGGAUUGUACCGUCACAGCAGAGGUAACUCAAUCUACACUUUUACCUGCAAAUGGGGACCACCCUACUCCUGUACCAAAAGAGGUAACUCAAUCUACACUUUUACCUGCAAAUGGGGACCACCCUACUCCUGUACCAAAAGAUGCUGCAUCAUAUAACAGUGUCGCCCUCACCAUCGUUGCAAGUGUGAUGGGGGGCAGUUGUCUUCGCGACACUCAUGGUGAUUGGCUGGUUGAUACGUCAGAGAAAGAACGCACAAACUUCUGGCUCUAAUGAAGGGACAUACGAACAAGGAUAUCGUUGGUCCACCAGCGACGAGCACGUUUCUCCGGUGACCCAGGAAAAUGUCUACAAUGAAAUACAAACCCCGGAUAAAAUGCCAAAGAGAACGCUUUACUAUUAUCAUGCUGGGGAAGACAGGUAUCUGCCCUGUGACCCUGACCCUGACCCUGACCCUGACCCUGACCCUGACCCCGAUUAUCUCCCCAAUGGUCAUCCCAAUCAAGAACUGAAGGAUGCACCCGAUACUGGUCAGCAGCCUUCGUCAAGAGUGGACGGACGAACACUACCAUCCUUUCCAGAAAACACCUCUGAGUUCCAAUAUGGACUCUCCCAAGAAGAGACGGUCACAAUUGAUCCUUAUUAUCGAUAACAAACUCAGCAGUGGAACUUCUUCGUUUCAUGGCUACCAACGUGGUAGUAAAAUAAUGCCGCUACUAAAUAUAUAACUCACAAUUUAGAAAAAAAUUGUGUCAGCGCCCAAUUGGCCAAAUGGCAUAGGGGCCCAGAUUAUUACUGUUUAUCACUGUUUAAAAGUGUCUAUCCGUCCGUAAAGUCAUGUUCUGGUAAUGUUUUCUGAAAAUAUGUUUUCUUGUGAUCUGUAGGUUAUCUCCCUUGUAUUCAGCGCAAUGUUCACUCGAUGUCACAUAUAUAUAUAUAUAUAUACCUAAACGUUUGUGAGGUAAUUAUGUGGCUGGUUUAGGGCAACGGUUGAACGUGCGAUUGUGUUACAGAGGGCUGAUCCGAUAUUGUCUCCAGGUGUGUGUGUGUGAGUUAUAGUCAGUUGUGUGCGUUGAUUGUAUAAAAGUCACGUCGAAUACAUGUGCACGUUGUUUCA